AUGCAAAUAAAGGGAAGAAGAGAAACGAUUGAAGAUUGUGCCAGACAACGGGCAAAAUUAUUGAUACGAGGAUUAAGAGAUCAAACAUGUAUGAAAGAGAUCCUUGAGGAACUUGGUGAUAAAAAUAAACGUGAUAAAUUAUGGGAUAUUUAUCUUGGUAAAACAAGUGAUUUUAAUGAAAAACAUAAUCGUGCUGAAACUUUACGUAUAAAAAAUAUCGAAAGACAAUUGGCUGUCUUGAAUAAAAAUCGUCUUAUUAUGAACGAUGUCAUUAUACCCGAUUCGACAAUAACAAAAGUUCGUGAGCAACACAGUGAUUCAUUGUCAAUAUCAGAAUGGAAUCGAUCUCGAACUAGACGACGUUCAUCGCUCGAUCAACAAAUACUUGAACAAUGGAAAUUAUUGGCAGAUGAAGCAAAAGGUAUCGAUCAACUUCCAUGGUCAAUUCGAAGGGUAAUGAUUCGACGACAUUUUCGUCGACAUUUGAAAGAUACAAGUCCACCUCGUAUGAGUCAUUGUAAAGAUGAGACAACUUCACAGUAUAAUGAUGAUAAUAUUUUGGAAUUAAGUCAUUCUCCAAAUUCAUCCAUAAAAGAUGUUCAAGAAGACCACAACAACAACGAUAAUCAUUAUAAAAUGGAAUGUGAACAUUUAUUAAAUGAACCGUCGAUAUUUAAACGAACAGCAAAAAGUGCUGAUAUUUUUGAUACAACAAAAAAUCUUAGUAACCAGCAUGGUGAGCAAUAUGAAUUAUCAAGUUCCGAUGGUCAUAAGCCUUAUUUGACAUGGUUUAAUCGAACAUCAUCCAUUUUACCAAGUGUUUUAAUUCAUCCAUCGAUUGCAAAUAAUCGAGUAUGUUCGACAAGUCAUAUUACAGUAAACAUCGAGCCAGCUGAUGAUGAUGUCUUAUCAGAAAUAAAACAGCAUCAGCAUUCAAAAUGUUAA